CGACCAAACUUUCAAACGUAAACCACAACCGACACGUCGGUGACUCACCCCACAAAGAAACUCACCAGGCUUGGCUACCUGUCUGUCUUUGAUUCUUUGUAACUGUCUGUCUGUUCUCGUCUUCACCAUUCCCUUCGCUGUACAUUCAUCUUUUCAUAAUCCCCUAUCUUUCUCUCUAGGAAAACGAACAAACCGUAGUUUCAAGUUUUCAAUCAAUUAUAGCAUAAACGGCCUCUUCAUUAUGAUAUGAACUGAACUAAAAGAAGAGGGAGAUGAAGACAGAGAUUCAAUCCACAGAAAGAAAUUUCCAGAAUAGAGGAGAGAAAAUAGAAGAUCUGAGAGGAACAACAGAGGAGAAAAUUUUGAUUGUUAUUUUCAUUCUGUUCUCAGUUGCACCAAGCAAAUGUGUUACACGGUAAGUGUAAGAGACUCUAAUUACUAAACGGCACCGUUUUACGUAGACAGAAAUUCAAAACAAAUAUACAAAACGCUGCAUCACAUAUUCUCUAUUUUGGUCCGCAACACAUUCCCUGACCAAUCAAAUUAAUUCAGUGAUCCUGGAUCGAUCUCGAAUCGCUGUUGUUAUUUUGUCAGAGUUGUGGUACCUUGACUUUGAUUGCAUGAAAAGAAAUCGAAUUGUUGUAUAAAGAAAAAGGCGUGAUUGAUUUUGAGUUCAAUAUUAGAUUAAUCUCUGCGGGGGUGAUUAGCUUGUGGGUUUUGAAAUUCUAGGAUUAUUUGGAACUUAGUUGGUUUUUGGUCAAGUGGGUUUCUGGAAUUAGUUUUUUUUGGGGGGGUGAAUUGAGAGAAUGGAUUCGAGUCGAAGAGCUGUGGAGUCGUAUUGGAGAUCGAGGAUGAUCGAUGGUGCCACGUCAGAUGAAGACAAGGUAACGCCUGUGUAUAAAUUGGAAGAGAUUUGUGAGCUUUUGCGAUCAGCUCACGUGAGUAUUGUUAAGGAGGUCUCUGGGUUUAUCCUGAAAAGACUUGGGCAUAAGAGCCCCGUUGUUAAACAGAAGGCACUGAGACUGAUUAAAUAUGCAGUGGGAAAGUCUGGUGUAGAGUUCAGGAGAGAAAUGCAAAGGCAUUCAGCGGCUGUACGCGAAUUGUUUCAUUACAAGGGGAAGUUAGAUCCGUUGAAGGGGGAUGCCCUGAAUAAGGCUGUGCGGGACACCGCUCAUGAAACUAUUUCUGCUAUAUUCUCUGAAGAAAAUAAGCCCGCCCCUGCACCUGCAGAGGAUCUUAACAAACGAAUUCAGGGAUUUGGGAAUACCAACUUUGACAUGUCAUCAGAAGAUAGGAAAUCAUUUUUAAGUGAGGUAGUAGGUAUUGGAAGUGCAUCUAUUAAGCAAGGGAUAACUAGUUUCACCCAGGGCUAUUCACUAAAAAAGAAUGAUAAUGGAAGUUAUAGAAGUCCAAAUCUUCAAAGGUCAUUGACAAUAGAGAAUGAAUAUCAAGAUAAAUAUGAACCAGUUGAAUUGCACAAUGAAACUCAAGCUGGUUUUGGAAUUUCAAAAAAUGAUGGUGGGCCUUGGAACCAGGAAUCAGGAGUGGUGAAGGAAGACAGGCUAAAUGGGGACUCUAGGAGUAAAACUUGUGAAGAGAAGUUGUUGGAGACCAUUGUGACAUCGGGUGGUAUACGCCUCCAACCGACUCGAGAUGCCAUUCAGGUUUUCCUUGUGGAGGCUGCAAAGUUGGAUGCAUUGGCUUUGAGUUGGGCGCUUGAAUCGAAGCUUCAGUCUCCAUUGUGGCAGGUGCGAAUGAAAGCUAUCUGUGUUCUUGAGUCAAUUUUGAGGAAAAAGGAUGAUGAAAAUUUUUUAACUAUAGCUUCAUACUUCAGCGAGAAGAAAGAUGUUGUGAUUAGGUGUUCAGAAUUACCUCAAACUUCUCUGAGGGAAAAGGCUAAUAAGGUGUUGAGCCUUCUUGGUGGAGAGCAGGCAGGAGGCUUUGUAGGUGGUUCAGAUACGUCAAUGAAGGCUGAGACUUCUGCUGCUGUUCAGAUGCCUGACUUAAUAGACACAUGUUAUUCAGAUGAUUACAAUGGAACAGAUAAUUCCAGAAAGAUUUCAAGUGAUCAAGGCAUAGAAAAUCUGACAUCACCAGCCUCUCUAAUUGAUGAUCUCUUUGGAGAGAGUUCAGGUGCUGGUGCAAGCUCCACUGAACAAAAUAAUGAUGAUGACCCGUUUGCAGAUGUCUCAUUUCACACUAAUAAGGGUCGAGAAAAUGCUGAAGAUCUCUUCUCUGGGAUGACUGUUGAUGAUAAACCAGUUCUUAAUGAAAAUCUUGGCAUAGCUGAUAUAAAGGGGCCUGAACUAUUUGAUAUCUUUGGCUCAAACUCUGAAGUUCUGUCAAAGCAAGAAAAUACGAAAAUUGAUGUUAAUGACUUAAUGGCUGGCUUGUCCAUUAAGGAAAACCUGUCAAAUUCGGGGCAGGAAGGAGCUUCUUCUGUGGCACAAUCUGAACAUAUAUUUUCAGAUAUGAGUAGUCAAUCUAGCCAUCGGACCUCUGACAAUGCAUUUAGCAACCUACUUGGUGCCCAAACAGCUGGGGUGACCACAAAUCCAGCAUUUCCCUUUGGUGCUAUGCCAUAUAACAUUCCUCCUGGCAUGAUGUUCAAUUUGGCUAUUGCAUCUCAGCCAAUAAGUUAUGGUGCCAUGGGGAGUUUGUUUGCUCAGCAACAGUUCCUUGCUACAAUGUCUAACCUUCAACAACUUGGGAACCUGAAUGCCCGAAAUGCUGGAGGUAGUAAUGUGACGGGAACUAAUCAAGGCUAUUCUUCACCACUUCUGGAUAUAUUCCAGCCGAAUUUUGCAGCUCCAUCUUCUAGUUCAAUCAACAGUUUGAAGAAAGAGGAAACCAGAGCAUUCGAUUUUAUCUCUGACCAUCUUGCUGCGGCUUGUGAUCCGAAGAGAGUUUCCUGAAUUUUGGGAAAAAUUUGUUAUGGAAUAGGCUUAUCUAUGCGAGGCAAGUAGAUCAAAGGCAAGCUGUUUAUCUUAUACCCAAAAUAGUUCUACAUUUUUUUCACAAUAAUGGAGGGAGUUAUGGCUGAAAGAGUAUGGUAGAAUUAGCAUAUUUCAUUGUUUGUAUUUGAGUUGUAAGAAAAAGAAAUUUCUGUGCAGUUAGCUCUGUUAUAGUUUGUUUUUAAAUUUGUACACUGAUUCAUUGCCAUUCAAUUGUAAUGAAUCUAUAGUUUUCUCCCCACUUUUCUUGUAAUUUUUGGUUAGUUUACCACAUAAACACAAGGAAUGCUUAUCAUGUGAUAAAUGAAUCUGGGACACUACUCAAGAAAAUCAAUAUAUUGUUGUUCCCGUUUUCUGACA